AUGUACGUGCUGCGAAUAAUCUUAUUCCUCGAUGUGACCUGUCUUCUUUCGUUUUUCGUGUUUUUCAAUCCAAUUCAAUGUAAACCAAGUAGUGGUGGACACCUAUCAUCACAACGCGCACGUCCUAGCUAUCCAUCUGGUGGAAACCAACAACCAAAUUCUCUAUUAUGGAGUAGUUCUUGGCUUACACCAGACUCUGGUGCCUGUUUGACAAUGCAAAAUAAAGAUAGCUCUUCGUCAGCAUCAUCUUCAUCCAAUCAACAAAAUUCUCACUCGAUGUUGAACUAUUAUCAUCAUCCGUAUUAUCAUUUAGCAUUCAAUGAAUCUGAUCUAAUACCGGAUGAGCAACGUCUACUGGCCCAAUUGUUAAGAAACUACGACCCAUCUGCACGACCUGUAUAUAAUGCAUCGGACACUGUUAGUGUGGCGUUUGGUAUUGCACUAACUCAACUUAGUGAUAUGGAUGAGAGAAAUCAAAUUCUGACGACAAAUAUUUGGCUUGAACAGGAAUGGAUAGAUCAACGUUUGGUAUGGAAUGCCUCGGAUUUUAAUGGUUUAACAACGCUUCGCUUACCAUGCUCAAAGAUCUGGUUGCCAGAUAUUGUUUUAUACAAUUCAGCAGACGAUUAUACCCAAGGUUAUUAUCAAAGUAAAGCCAUGAUUGACAAUACCGGACAUGUAUUUUGGCCACCGCCUGCAAAGUUUCGUUCCUCGUGCAAAAUUGACGUGACUUUCUUCCCAUUUGAUGAUCAAUUAUGUAAAUUAAAAUUUGGUUCAUGGACGUACGAUGCAGCUCAAGUCAACCUGACAAAACGACGUGAUAGUGUCGAUAUGACAAAUUACAUUCGUUCAGGCGAAUGGGAUAUCAUACGAAUUCUUGUCCAACGAAAUGAUGUUACUUAUGCAUGUUGUCCGGGAAUAUUCUAUCCUGAUGUGACUAUUUAUGUGCAUAUACGUCGUCGAGUUUUGUACUAUCUCUUCAAUAUUAUAUUUCCUUGUAUAUGGCUUUCGAUUCUUUCGGUCCUCGGAUUUUGGCUGCCGCCUGAUUCAGGAGAAAAGAUCACACUUGGUAUAACUGUUCUUCUUGCUUUCUCCGUUUUCAUGUUACUAAUCGCCGAAUCGAUGCCUGCCACAAGCGAAAUGGUCCCACUCAUUGAAAUCUAUUUGACUGCGGUUAUGGCAUUUACAUCGUUAUCGAUCGUAUUAACAGUUUACGUCUUGCAAUUGCAUCAUUCUGGUCCUGUUGUUAUACCAAUUCCACAUACGUUCAAAAACACUUUAGUACGAUAUGUAGCACCAGUUAUCGGCAUGAGCAAGACCAUUGAAAUCUAUGCACGUGAACAUAAUUUGUUGGAAACCGAUGAUGUUUAUCGGCGUUUUUCUCGGCGGCCAUCGUUAACAUCUGACAUGCCAACACGAAUUUCAGUCUAUAAGGGAAGAAACGCAAAGCAAACAAAAGAUUUGGAAUACGAUGAUGAAAACUACAACGAUGAAGAGGAGCUGAAGAAAGAGUUUCUACCGAAUAUUCCAACAACAAAUGGAGAUCUUCUUUCGAUUUCCUCAUUGAAUAAACGUCAUCGACACCCUCAUCAUCAACAGCAUCGUUCUCGACGUGCUGCCCCUCCAAUUGUACUUAUUCCCCAACAAUCAUCCUCGUCACCCAUCCCUUCCCACUCUCGUUCACAAUAUAAUUUGUUCAAUUCAAAUAUGCACCUCUUGGAAAAACAUCUCAAGUACUUACUUAAUAAACAAAAGCUCGAAGAAGAACGAAGUGAAAUCGUUAAUGAAUGGAAGUUAAUGGCAUUGAUUAUGGAUCGAUUAUUGUUUUGGUUAUUCACAAUUUUUACAAUCCUAAGUACAGUUUUAUGUUUAACCAUUAUCCCAAUACUGAAAAAUGCCGGAUAUAUAUCAGCUUUGUCACAAGAAUUACUUGCAGAUUUAAAAUCGGUGGAAACGACAAUGGGACGUGAUGCUGCAGAACAAAUGAAGGCUAAUUUGACAGGAGGUGUGUAA